UAACCAAUGAGAAAAAGCCACGCUUUUGACAUUUACUAUCUCUUUUUACGAGUGUGCGACGUGGUUGAAAAUAAUAUAAUUUUUAUGUUUGGUGUUUGUUUUAGAAGUGUUUGCAACUGAGACAACAGACAAGAUGAUAGUGUUUCUCCUCUGCCUGGCUGUAGGUCUGGGUACAACAUCUGCUUCAUAUGAUGCAUCGGACGAUGUCAUAGAGUUGACACCGGCAAACUUCAACAAGAAAGUUAUGGACAGUGAUGCAGUUUGGUUUGUCGAAUUCUAUGCACCAUGGUGUGGUCACUGUAAAGCACUUGAACCAGAGUGGAAGAAGGCUGCAACCAUAUUAAAGGGUAUUGUUCGGGUUGCUGCUGUGAAUGCUGAUGAACACAAGAGUUUGGGAGGGCAGUUUGGCGUACAAGGCUUUCCCACCAUCAAGAUAUUCUCAAAGAACAAAAAGGCCCCAAAGGACUAUCAAGGUCCGCGGACGUCCCAGGGUAUUGUGGACGGUGCUAUGAAUGAAAUUAAGUCUGUCGUCCAAGACCGAUCGGGUGGAAAGAAGUCAGGUGGUGGUGGAGGAGGAGGUGGUGGAAAGGCCGGUGACCCCAAGGAUGUAGUGGAGUUGACGGACAGUAAUUUUGAAGAGCUGGUCCUGAAGAGUGAUGACCUUUGGCUGGUAGAGUUCUACGCUCCGUGGUGCGGACACUGCAAGAAUCUCGCUCCGCACUGGGCACAGGCCGCAUCUGAGCUGAAGGGCAAGGUCAAAGUCGGUGCCCUGGAUGCCACUGUACACACAGUCAUGUCUAGCAGAUACGGAGUGCAGGGAUUUCCGACCAUCAAGAUGUUCGCGGCUGGGAAGAAGGAUGAUGGAGCAGUCGACUAUGAUGGAGGCAGAACGGCGUCCGAUAUCAUCAGCUGGGCCAAAGAUAAACUAGCAGAAAAUGUCCCUCCACCAGACGUGUAUGAACUUGUGAGUGAGAAGAAGCUGACCGAGUGCUGUGAGGGUCAUCAGCUGUGUAUCGUGUCGGUUCUCCCGCACAUCCUCGACUGUCAGUCCAAGUGUAGAAACAACUACAUCAGCAUGCUGAAGCGGUUAGGAGAAAAGUUUAAGAAAAAUAUGUGGGGAUGGGUUUGGGCUGAAGGAGCAGCACAACCACAUGUAGAAGAAGCUCUAGGAAUCGGUGGAUUUGGUUACCCAGCUCUGGCUGCUAUGAACUCCAGAAAAAUGAAAUAUUCCUGGCUCAAGCAAGCCUUUGAUGAGAAGGGUAUUACUGAGUUUUUAAGAGAAGUCCAGUAUGGUAGAGGUUCAACCGCCCCUAUUAAAGAUGGAAAAUUACCUGAAGUAAAAACAAUUGACCCAUGGGAUGGUAAAGACGGCCAACUACCCGAAGAAGAAGAUAUUGAUCUUAGUGAUGUUGAUUUAGACGAUAUAGGGAAGGAAGAGUUGUGAUGAAAUGUGGAUGUUUUGUAUAUAGAGUAUCAUUUAUUUUUAAGAAUACAAGAUUUGUGUGAAUGCUACAUUAUACAUGCGGUACAAAUCUGAUCUGUGUGCUUUCACCACGGUUAAAUAUUCAGUGCAUAACAACUGAAAUUGUAUUAACGACAUCGACCUUAAUAUUUGGGCAGUUUAUGUUUACUGACCACAAUGACUAACAGUUACUUCUCAGACAGUGUUUUAAAUCAAAUGUAACCUUUUUUUUUACAUGAAACACAAAUGUUUAUUUUGCUACAUGCAGUGUAUAUGCCUCGUCUUGUAGCCCUAGUAGAAGUUCUUACUAUGUUGUGUUAAAAUUGUUAAGCAAUGGCAGGUAAACCCUUGCUGUCACGUGGUCAUAAUUGUUUUUUCGAAGCCAGUAAAAUACAAAAUUGCAUGAUAAUUGCUUCAAAAAGAAAAUCUCAGGUAAACGUUUUGUUUUUUCUUUUUGAAAGUUCUGAAUGUUUUUGACUUUAAUGUAUAGUGCAAUGGUUUACGCCAUUUUGAGACUGCCUUGGUUACAAGUUGUAUGUUUUAAAUAAAUGUUUAGAACUAAAUAUACCUGAACCCCAUCACAUUUUUCCCUCAAUACCUAAUGUUUAUUCAGGUUUUGCCAGUUAAGUGACUAUUUAUUCCUAUGUUAAAGUAAAAUAAUAUUUUAAUCUACUACUGAUAUUACUCCCAAACCUAUUAGUUUAUUCAGGUUUUGCCAGUUGAAUGGCUGUUUAUUCCUAUGUAGAUAUGUUAAUGUAAAUGAAUCUACCACGAACAUGGUCGUGUCUGAUACUAUUUGAAAGUUGACUGAAUGUUUAACCCUGUGCUGUCUCGACCAUCAAGUGAGAUGUGUGUUCAGUUGAUAUGUGAUAAUCACGGUCCAAGGGUUUAGUUUGUCAUUAUUUCAGUAUUGGAUAAAGCAGCAAUCAUUUCCUUAAAAUCCUUACUCCCAUGGAUUGGUUUUAAAAAAUCUUGGCUUUAGAGGAUCUUUUUGGGCUAAUGCCAUACAAAUUGUAUAUGUGUGACAUCAUCGGAGCAUUUGAAUGUGGACUCUCUAGUUUUAUAAGUGUGGUCCUUGGAACAAUUUUUGUCAAGUAUUUCGCAUUAAAAAAUCCUAUGUAUCGGUAAAUAAGAUGCAUAAGAAACUUCACUAGUAAUAAUCUCAACGAUUUUCAUCUUUGUGUCACAAAGAUUGUUAUUAGUACAUGUAGUUUAAUCUAGUUUGUUUUGUUUGAGUGGUUUACCAAGUUGUUAAAAGCAAUGAUUUAAAAAAAAAAAUCAAUAUGCCCAUGCCUUCUGUCUAUUUAGAGUUAACUUUAAUCUUUACAGAGUUUGUCCUGUAUUUGGUUUUGUGCAGGUUGCUAUGCAGACUUUCACUCAUGGUGGUCGGCUUAGGUCAGACCCAAAGGACAAACAUUGUGCUGUUAGCCACUGUCUGUAAUACUAUAAUAGUAAUGAAGUCAUGACUUUACAAAAUGGCAUGUUAGUUCACCACCCACAAAUAUCUAGACAGAACCCUUGAAACUGCAUAUUGGAGGUGCAACCAUCUUUGUCUGCCUCCAUUUGUUCUGUACUUCUUAACCUUUCUCAUUCUACCACCCUGUCUCCUCCGACGACCCCAUCACCUUCCCUCUUUUUAGCUCACCCCCCCCCCCCCCCCCCCACCACCACCACCACCACCAAUUCCUACCAAGUACUGUCCUGUAAGUUGUCCUUUUUCUUGCCCCAAUCUCCUGUGCACCUUAGAAUGUAUUGCUCAUCGUGGUGAGUUUUAUCACAUAUUUUGGGAAACACUGAGAUAGACUUUAAACUAAAAUCUGUUUCACUGGUGUCGCCCCCAACUAAGCAGCAACUCCAUUGAUUCCUUCGGACUUACCUGUAUUGGCUGUCAAACGGUUCAUUACUGUUCAUUGUUUCUUAUUUUAUUGUUAUAUGAAGACUUAAAAUGUUGUACAUGUAUUUGUAAACAUCUAUAGUCUGUCCCACGGGGAAUGCCUUUUUUUCAUGCUAUAGAAUUUACUACAAGUUAUUUUUGAGCC